AUGGCGAUUUCCGAUAUUCUCAACCGCCGAGUGCGGGCUCGGCCAGAAGAAGACGAUGAUCUCUCUGAGGUAUCAGCCUCCGACGAAGGAUCACAAGCCGGCUCUGAUGCUGAAUCCAACGGCUCCAUCCAAUCAGAGGUACAUCAACUCCGAAUAAAGACACCCAAAAACCAAACUCACACAUCACAGACCGAAGGCUCAGUCUCAGGCUCAGACGAUGAAGAAGAAAACGAUACUGCCUCAGAAGCCUCCAAUGGCAACGACACAGACCUGAAAGCCACGCUAGCCGAAAUCUCCUUCGGCGCACUCGCCAAAGCGCAGUCCGCGAUGAGCGGCGACAAAAAGCGCAAAUCCAAACACGCCGAAGAACCUAACAGCCCACUCGACGAGAUCCGAAGCAAACUGCGCGAAGCGCGCGAAGCCAAAGAAGCAGCCGCGAAGAAGGUCAAGUCCAAAGAGUCCAAAGCACGCACCUCCAAGCACGCGCCGAUGGAAAUGUCCAGCAAGCGCGCGGUAACACGGCGACGCACGGCGGUGGAGCUACCGCCUGCGCCCAAGGCGCGCGAUCCGCGCUUCGACGCGGCCGUCAUGGGCCACAGCGGCGUGGGGAAACAUGCGCAUGGCGGCAAGGCGUAUGCGUUUUUGGACGAGUACCGGGCUGAUGAGUUGAAGGGGUUGAAGGAGGCGCUGGGGAAGACCAAGAAUCCUGAUAUGCGGGAGAAGCUUAAGGCGCAGAUUCGCACAGCGACGGAUAAGAUGCGGUCUGCUGCUAAUAAGAAGCGGGAGGAGGAUGUGCGGGCUGAGCAUAAGGCGCGGGAGAAGCAGCUUAUUCGGGAGGGAAAGAAGGCUGCGCCUUAUUAUCUGAAGAAUUCGGAGUUGAAGAAGCAGGUUCUGGAGAAGAAGUUCGGGGAGAUGGGGUCUAGGGAGAGGAGUAAGGCGCUUGAGAGGAGGAGAAAGAAGACUGCUUCUAAGGAGAAGAAGGAGAUGCCUUGGGAGAGGAGAGGGUUUGAGGGUGGUGGUGGUGGUGGUGAUAUGCCUAAUGGGGGGAAGAGGAGGAGGUUGGAGUAG